AUGACGAUCCAAACUGACUCAUUCACGGCAAUCCCCAUCCUCGACUACGCCGCAUCCACUUCGGCAACGACAAAGCCGGCCUUUCUCGCCGAACUCCGCAAUGCCUUGGUCAACGUGGGGUUCUUCUACCUCGUCAACGCCCCGAUCGCCCCCAAUAUCAGGGAGGACUUGGUGAAGAAAUGCAAAGCGCUCUUCGAGCUGCCGCUAGAGAAGAAACUCGAGAUUGAAAUGGUCAACAGCAAGCAUUUCCUCGGUUAUUCUCGGCUUGGCGCCGAGAUCACCGCCAGGAAGCAGGACUUUCGUGAACAGUUUGAUUUUGCGACAGAGCUACCCGAGCCUGGUCCGGAUGAGCCUUUGUAUCGCAAUAUUCGAGGGCCGAAUCAGUGGCCGGACGAAAACGCAAUUCCAGGCUUUCGCACCUCAGUCGAGGCCUACCUCGCGGAACUAAGCCCAGUAGCGGAGAACUUCCAGGUCCUGAUCGCCGAGGCCCUAGACCUGCCAUCGACAGCCCUGAGGCAAUUCUUCGACGUCCCAGUACAGCAGAAGAUGAAAUUAAUCAAGUACCCACCACCAAGCAGCGACGCCGAAUCGCAAGGUGUCGGCGCGCACAAGGACUCGGAGUUCCUCACCUUUCUCCUCCAGGCAACCCCGCACGAUGGCCUCGAGGUGCAGAAUAAAUCCGGGGUAUGGAUCUCCGCUCCACCAAUCGAGGGCUCGCUGGUUGUUAAUAUCGGGCGCGCACUCGAGGCGAUUACAGGGGGUGUUUGUACGGCGACGACGCACCGUGUGAGUCUUGCGCCGGAGAACUAUGUUAAUGCCGACGGCGAGUCGCUGGGCCCGCGUUUCUCCAUCCCCGUCUUCCAGGGCAUGAGUCUGGAUUUGUCAGUCGAAAAUAUCAACCUGGAAUUCCCGGAGCAUAUCAAAGAGUUGGUUGGCGACGAAAAGGCACGGUCGGACGCUGAGGUGACCUUUAACAAAAUAUUCCGCGGUCGCACUGGCGAGGGCACCCUGAUACACCGGAUCAUCAGUCACCAGGACGUCGGUCGGAGAUGGUACCCAGAACUGCUUGCGCGAGCCCUCGGAGAAUAUGAGAAAUAG